ACACACAGACAUGUACAUACACACACACAGAUACAUGUACACACAUGCACAGAGACACAUGUACACACACACAUAUAUGUACAUACACGCAGACACAUGUACAUGCAUACACAGACACACACCCCACCCCCUAUAAAAAGUUGCAGUACUUCGUUGAUCACUCACAGAGCUGGGUACUGCACUCUAGGGGAAGGCAGAAAGCACAGCACACACUCCUUGCUUUGCUUUCACUGUACUCAGCUAUUGAGCAGUCUGACGGCUCCCAGUGCUAAUGACAGAUCCGGCCUGAGCUCCGAGCCUGCUCAGCAAGACGGCCCUGGGGGACACAUUCACCCACACCAUAAUUUCCACUCACUAUUGGCGAGCAGGCGAGUGGAAAUUUCAAGGCCUGACCUAAAG